AUGAUUAUAUUUGACACGAGAAGAAGAGAGAAACGGGGAAUAUUUCCACUUCUCAGCCGACACAAGACAGACACAUUGUUCAAAAUUGGCUCGCCGGGCCCUUCGAUCCGGUCGUCCGGAGGGGCGGUGGCCGGAGUGGGAAAUGGGAGGACGAUCCCGCUGAAGCUGAGGCUCGGCAAGAAGAGCGGCAGAUACGACCUAUCGCAAGAUGUCUACGUGCUGGCCGUAAAUAUCGGGGAUAAACCGGUGAUACAAUGUACGCUGAGUACGGAGAGUACGGCACGAGAAUGUAUCGAAUAUAUACAACAGAAGAGAGGGCUGCAACAGAUCCACAUGUUCGGCCUGCGGUUCCAGAUGCGCUCACAAGAUCCGGAUGAACGCAUCUUUCGCUGGGUGGAAAUGGAUCGGCCGUUGAGGAAGCAGCUCGAAAAAUGGGGUUGCAAACCACGUCAAGUGCAGCUGGCAGUACUCUACCAUACGCCCAACCCAUUCAUUCUCACCGACCCGAUGGCUAGAUCGUACUACUUUCUGCUAAUGAAACUCGACGUCGUUGAGGGCCGACUCACAAUGGAUAUGGAGAAUUAUAUCGGUUUAGCCGCCCAUAGUUUACAAGCGGAAUACGGUGACUACGAUAAGGAAUCGAUGACGAUCGACUAUAUGCAGACGAUUCCGCUAUUGCCGAAGCAAAUCUGCCGCAGCGCCACCAUCCUCGAGAGCUUGCUGAUGAAAGUCCUGCAGCUGUACGAAACGCUCCGUGGGAUGUCCUGCGACAAGGCCGCGAUUUUGUACAUUGUCGGGGUGAUCCAUUGCGAAGGAUAUGGAGAGGAAUACUUCAAAGCUAAGGAUGAAGAUAGUUCCGAAGUGAAGCUAGGCUACUCCCCAAAAGGGAUCGUGGUUAAAGUCUACGGUGCCCCGGUGAAAUACGAAUGGGAAAAAGUGAAGGGAUUCGCCGCCCAUAAACGCCAUCUACAAAUCAAAACCCGCGACCUGGUCGUGGAGUACAGCUUGGAAGACGCCGAGUGGGCCCGGUACGUGUGUAUGGUAUUGGAAUGGCAGCUACAUUACGCAACGCAUAAAGCACCUGAGGAAAGGGAUGUCGAGAAUGAUAUCACCGAUUUGCAGCCAAAAAGCUCUCACCUCAACGCCUCACAAGUCGAUUUACUGCAUGCCCGCCGUGCCUCCAGCUCGAUAAACAUCCACUCGACUCAUUCCCUUCACAAACCCUCCUCUACCUCACUCACCAAUGUACAUUCCGUCAAUAAUCACGAUAAAAACCGUCCGAUCCUGUCAUCUGUCAGCUUCCGAGAUCCCGUUACGGUUUCCGUAACACCCGAGCGGCCCCGCGCCGCCACGGCCGCUAUUUUGCCCUCUCCGCUUUCUUCUACGUAUUCGGAUGCGUUCCCCACGUGGCACCGUAAUAUCAUCGAGGACCGGAAUGCGGCUUAUAAAGCAUACCUGCCAAACGCCGUCGAAAUCGAGCCGCUGAAGCCGUUCGUGAGCGCGGUCCGGGCGAAGGAUGGCGUCCAGAGGAAGAUCCUUGGCUCUACGCCAGAAAUGCGGCAGCUCGGCACAAGAAUGGAGGGCAACCACGAGCAGCUCCUCAAAUUUAUGAUGGCCCAGUUGAGCUCUGGAACCAAA